AUGGCUCAGACCGCCAAUCCCGGGAGCGUCGCAAAUGGCACCAUCAUAGCCGACGAGAAGGCACCACUCAACGAAACCACCUCGCUGCCUGUGUCGCAACACCUGACGCCGAAUGGCACGGAUAACUCCCGUCCAGAGUCGUUCGUCUCUGCCGACUCCUUCAAAUCAACCUCGUCGCAAAUCCAGCCCUCCGACACCCCUGCGAGUAGUGCUACCGCAACUUCAGCUGGAGCUGAGCGUGAAGAGGAGGAGUGGAAGCCACCGACCAAUGGCUCUCUAAAGACACCGAUACCAAAGCCAACAGCCACCAGCAAGCCAUUGCCUCCUGCAAAGCUGACUCCUGAGCAAGAAGUCAAGUACGCCACUGUAUUCGCGGGUGUCUCGCAGUGGAAGACUCUCCCUGCUACAACCGCAAAGAAUGCACCUCAGGCGCCCAUUCAAGAUCAUGAGCGGAUGUUCCUGACGAGGGAGUGUCUUCUGCGUUACCUGCGUGCCACCAAGUGGAACACGGCCAACGCGCUUAAGCGUCUGCAGCAGACAUUGAGCUGGAGAAGAGAGUAUGGCGCGGACACAUUCACACAUGACUACAUCAGCCCCGAGAACGAGACCGGCAAGCAGGUCCAGCUUGGCUUCGACAACGAUGCCCGACCCUGCCUCUACCUCAACCCAGCGAAGCAGAACACCAAGAUGUCGGACCGCCAGAUCCACCACCUGUGCUACAUGCUGGACCGGACGAUCGACAUGAUGCCUCCUGGCGUUGAGAACAGCGCAUUAAUCAUCAACUUCAAGGGCGCUGCUAGCGGCAACGUCCCCUCAGUUGGACAAGCACGUGCUGUCCUGAACAUCCUCCAAGGCCACAAUCCUGAGCGGUUAGGUAAGGCGCUGAUCAGUGAGCUGCCUUGGUAUGUCAACACCUUCUUCAAACUCAUCAGCUCAUUCAUCGAUCCUGUCACGCGGGAAAAGAUGAAGUUCAACGAGGACCUACGAAAGUAUGUCCCACCCUCACAACUAUGGGACCACCAUGAAGGCGACCUCAAGUUCGAGUACGACCAUUCGGUGUAUUGGCCGGCGUUCGAAGAGGAGUGCAAUAAGAGGCGAUCGGCAUACAGAGAGCGGUGGGAGAAGUCUGGCAAGAGGAUUGGAGAGUAUGAGGAAUAUCUUCGUGGGGGCAACCACGCUUCUCUUCAGCAGGUGUUGGACAAGGCACGGGCAGACGGCACUGUGGAUCUCUCGCAGCAGAAAGAUGAUGACCUGAUAGCCGCCGAGAUGGGCAAGUUGAGCGUGAGGGCAUAA